CGUUAACGUGAACACUAGAUACGGUACGGUACACGGUGUAAUCACCAUUCCGUCACCCCGCCAACCCGCCAACCCCCGCCGACCCUUCGUCACGUGCCCGUACAGCAUCACAGGCGAUCACCCUCCCAACGUCCGUGCGUAGCGCACCCCGUGCACCCUGUCGGUUGCUCUAGGCCAGGGCAAAAAACUUUUUGAGCCGCAUCCCUUUGCAUUUUUCCCUCUGGAACCUUCGGAACUUGCCAUCCACCGCGCCCCACCACACAACAGCCAUACAACAACCACGCACGAUCCACGAUUCACGAAUUCGAUGUCGGCACAACACAAAGAAACAGGAAUCCGCCUUCCCAAAGCGCUGCGUGAGGAGCUUGGUCUCGAUGAUCGCGGAGCGCAGCGAAACGGCGGGCGUGGUGGUGGUGGCGGGGGGCGUGGCGUUGCUGGCGGUGGUGCUAGCGGGAGAGGCGGUGGCCGAGGAGGCAGGCCCACCGGCGAUCGGAAGGCCCUGCGGAAACAGGCGCGCCAGGACGUGAAGAAGACGCGGAAGAACACCCAGAAGCGCGGACGGCAGUAUGGCGGAGCAGCAGGCGCGGAUGGGGGUGGAGGCGACGAGGAUGGGGAGGAGGACGAGGACGAGGAUGGAGUGGAUCCGUUCGAUAUUUCGGAUCCGUCGGAUAUUGAGGAGUUGAUGAAGCCGGUUAAGGACAGGAAGCCGAGGAAAGCUGAGCCCGUGCCGGAGCUGUUGAAGGGGGGGAAGAAGAGUAGGUCCAAGCAGGAGGAGGAAGAGAAGAAAGAGAAGAAAGAGAAGAAGGAGAAGAAGGAGAAGGAGGGGAAGAAGGAGAAGAAGGAGAAGAAGACUGCGAAGCGCAAGGCGACUGAAGACCUCGACGACGAAUCUGCGCCGCAGAAGAAGAAGCCUAGCAAAGCAGUGCUGGACAGGAUCGCACAGGACGCAGCGGAGAUUGCUUUCCUCGAGAAGAAGUUGAAGAUCAAGAGCAAGAAGGUUCCAAAGGCCUUUGAGGAGGACGGGUUGGACUUUUUACUGGAUGGUUUGAAGGAUGAUUAUCUCGACGAUCUGGAGGAGCCGGUGAAGAAGAAGAGCAAGAAGACUGCGAAGGUGGAAGUGCCAGUGGAAGCGGAGGAGGAGGAGGAGGAGGAGAGUGACGACGAAGAGAUGGACGACAUGUCGGAUGGCGGUUCAGAUGACGAGGACGAGGGCGAAGACGAUUUUGAGGGCUUCUCUGAUUCGGAAGCCGAGGAGGCACCACCGCCCAAAUUCCGAGAGAACCCAUACAAACCCGGUGUGACUGCCUCGACGACGACGGACGAGAAACCCGCCGCCAAGUAUAUUCCCCCGUCACUACGCAAGCCUGCGGGCAAUGAGUCAGAACGUCUCACUCGGUUACGGCGACAGGUCCAGGGUCUCAUCAAUCGUCUCUCCGAAGCCAAACUCAUUCCCAUCCUGGGCGAUUUCGAAGAACUCUACCGAUCGAACCCACGAGCGGAUGUCACAAGCAUUCUGACCGACAUCCUCGUGUCCACGUUAUGCGAUCCUUCAGCGCUCAAUGACACAUACCACGUCCUCCACGGUGGGUUCCUAGCAGGUCUUUACAAGAUCAUGGGCAUCGACGUCGGCGCCACAGUCGUGCAACGAAUCGUUGAGGAGUUCCUGAGUCAGCACGAAAAAGCGAAUGGCAUCGCAGACCCCUCGACCGCCGGCAAAGAAUGUACCAAUCUGAUCAGUUUUCUGUCGGAGCUUUAUAACUUCCAAGUGAUCGGCUGUGUGCUCAUCUUCGACUUCAUCCGCCUGUUCUUGUCGGAGCUGACGGAGCUCCACACGGAACUCCUCCUCAAGGUUGUUCGGAAUGCGGGCCCACAACUUCGCAGUGAUGACCCAACGGCUCUCAAGUCGCUGGUGGUCCUCCUCCAACCCGCCAUCGCAAAAGCCGGCGGCAUUGAAAAGCUCAGCGUCCGCACGAAAUUUAUGAUCGAGACCCUAACCAACCUCAAAAACAACCGUCUCAAGUCUAACACCGCAACCUCGGUAGUGACAGCGGAGCAUACAGUGCGCAUGAAAAAGCUUCUGGGCUCGCUCAACAACACACGAACACUGCGCGCCACCGAGGCCCUCCGGGCUUCCCUCGACGACAUCAAAUCAACCGAGACCAAAGGGAAAUGGUGGCUUGUAGGAGCAUCGUGGGCCGGUGGAGAACCUACCAAGCCCUCCCACGAAGAUGAGGAGGAACAAGAAACCAUAGCACCCUAUGUUUCCGACUCCGAGGAGGACUCCGCUGGUAUGCCAGACCUUCAAUCGCUUGCGCGGCAACACAGGAUGAACACCGACAUCCGCCGGGCAAUUUUCAUCACGCUCCUCUCCUCGAGCGAUUUCGCCGACGCACACACGAAACUGUCGAAGCUCCGCCUCAAACGGUCACAGGAGCGUGAGAUCCCACGAGUGCUGCUCCACUGCGCCGCAGCAGAAGGCACCUACAACCCCUACUACUCACUGGUAGCGAAGAAGCUGUGUGCCGGACACGCAUUGCGAAUGACAUUCACAUUCACGCUCUGGGACUACUUCCGCCGCUUCGGCGAAGACGAUGGAUCCGCCACCGCCAGCAACCCGGACGACGACAUCGACGGCGACGACGACGACGACGUCUGGUCGCAGCCCACGGGACUCCGGAAGAUCGUGAACCUCGCACGGCUCUACGCGUCUCUCAUCACGUCGGGGAGUCUGCAGCUCGCGAUCCUGAAGACGCUAAACUGGGCGUAUCUACAGUCUCCGACAAAGAGCUUCCUCGAAGUCCUCUUUACAACCAUAUUGGCAGAGAGCGAGUGGGAGUUGAACGUGGUGUUCUCAAACGUAUCGGAUAAUACGGAGCUGGUCAGGGGCGUGCUGCAUUUUGUAAAGAAGACGAUGAAGCAUGGAGGUGUUGCCGCGGGAGCGGAGGAAAAGGCCGCAGUCAAGCGGGGCUUCAAGACCGCGGUGGAAAUGUUGGAGGAUGUGUUGAAGGCGCAGGUAUAGUGGGAUAGAACGGUAUAUAAAAUUUAGGACCCGCGAAAAUAAUUGACAGUAUC